AGGUGACAUGUAAAAAAGAGCAUCAAGAAAUUUACAAUCAAAAAAGACACAGAUGUUUGGCACUUGAUAAUAAAAUAGCCAUGUCUUUUGCAUAUUAUACACACACACACAAUAAAAUGUGUCAUUCCUUAGUGCCUCUGCUGUCUGCGGAGUGUGUUAUUUUUCUCUUUCUACCAGAGGAAGUAGCCUCAAAGCAGUGUGAGAUUGACAGCAUUGAUGACAAAUUGAAACAACUGACUGACAGGAGGGCUGAACUCCAAAAUAGCUGCAAUGCCAUCCUCAAUGCCAAAGAUAAGAAAAGCAUUAAAGAGGUUAGCCACAGCCCCAAUCAGACGAUUGUGCCUGACGCUCCUGAUUCUGGCCCAAAUAUUUUCUAUGUUGAGGCUCCGCCUACUACCCCUGCCCCUAAAGUGAUUCUGGACGUGGAAAACCUUCCACCGUGUCCAUGCAGGACGCAGUGCCCACAGUGUCGGCAGUACAUCGUGACGGAGACUUCUACCUCUGUCAGCAGUGUGACCUGGCUGGUGUGUGUCAUUACAGCUUUCAUUGGAUGCGUGGCCGGUUGUUGCCUCAUUCCCUUCUGCCUCGAUAGGUUCAAAUCUAUCACACACAGAUGUCCCAAGUGUCGAACAUCAAUCCACACUAUUAAAAAGCUCUGAGAGGAAAGCAUGCGCUGGAAGAUUCAAAUUCGGACUGAGAAGACACUGGACAUGAACCUAAUGGUGAAGUAGUAUUUCAGCCGCAUAGCAAUGUUGUGCUCUUUUUUUUAACAGAGUCAGAAGGGACAUGUGAUGUUGACUUUCAUAGACUGA